UGAAAAAAAAAACAUUUUUUAAAGAUAUUUCUCUCUGUAUAUUUCUUUUCUUCUUCAUCAUCCACCGGCGAAGUGAAUCUCGCCGGAAAAAAUGGAUAUUCUGGUGACUAAGUCCCCUAUUUCCUCACGUAGAAUAGCCAUCUCUGACCACCGUCGUCAUGUGUUCCGUGAAAACCCUCGGAGCUAAGACAACUUGAUCCGUCUCUUAAGACUUCUUUUCUCCAUAUUUUAGUAUGAUUCUUUUCUUUGUUUUGUGAAGAUGAUCGGCUGAUUGAAGAAGACGGAAUAGGUUUCUUCUGGUAGUAGCUGAGAGGUUUUGGUAGAUUCCGUUUUUCUUCUUCUUCUUCUUCUUUUGCGGUUCCGAGACCCAGAUGCUGUCAGUUUUUGGAAUUUGACUUUUGAAUUUUGUUUCGGGAGAGGGAUCUCAGGUGUAAAUGUGGACGAAUUUGUGGAGUUCUUGACGGAAUUUGAAUUUUCUGUGUUUCUGUUUCUGUUUCUACCUUUGAACGAGAACUGACUUGGACCAUAUUCCGGGGAGGGAGAGAGAGAGACGGAGAGAUAUCAGAUCUUCUUCUACUUAGUCGUCUUCCCGAGAGAUGCCAUUUCCGAUGAAGAUCCAGCCUAUUGACAUCGAUUCACCGGCGGUGAGAGAGCCAGCUCGAGCGGAUUCAGGCAAACCGGUGCUCAAGUCUCGCCUCAAACGGCUGUUUGAUCGGCCGUUCACAAGCGUCUUGAGGAGUUCGACCUCGGAGAAACCCAUCGCUGGCGCUGGGGAAGCUCAUUACGGCCGAGGUGGAGGUACCGGAGCUGAGUUCGAGCCGAGCUCCGUUUGCUUGGCGAAGAUGGUUCAGAACUUCAUAGAGGAAAACAACGAGAAGCAACCCAAAUGUGGUCGCAACCGCUGCAAUUGCUUCAACGGGAACAACGACGACAGCUCCGAUGACGAGUUAGAUCUGUUCGGCGGCUCCGUCGAUUCUUUCACCGGCGGAUCUUUGUCCGACGCAUCCGACUAUCUGAAGAGCUUGAUCCCUUGCGCGAGCGUCGCCGAGAGGAACCUGCUAGCUGACGCGGCGAGGAUUGUCGAGAUGAACAAAUCCCUCAAACGCAAAGACGAUAUGAGGAAGAUUGUCGUGGAAGGACUCUCAUCUCUCGGCUACGAUUCUUCCAUCUGCAAAUCCAAAUGGGAGAAAUCUCUCUCUUCCCCUGCCGGCGAGUACGAGUACAUAGAUGUGAUCGUGGAAGGUGAACGGCUGCUCGUCGACGUUGAUUUCCGAUCGGAGUUCGAGAUCGCACGGCAAACCGGCUCCUACAAAGCCGUGCUUCAAUCUCUUCCGUUCAUCUUCGUCGGAAAAUUAGACCGGCUCGGCCAGAUCCUCUCCGUCGUAUCGGAGGCAGCGAAGCAGAGCUUGAAGAAGAAGGGUAUGCAUCUCCCUCCAUGGAGGAAAGCCGAGUACAUGCGAGCCAAAUGGCACUCAUCCUACACACGCGCCACCGUCUCCGCCGAGGAGCCACCGUCUGCGGCCGCGGCGGAGAAGCCGGAGCAAGAUUCCGGAGCGGAGCUUGAGCUGAUUUUCGGGGAGAAACGGAUGUCUCCGGGAGUGAAUUCCUCUUCCUCUCCUCCUCCGCCGUUGUUUUUCACCGGCAACGAUGACGUGGCGUGGCAGCCUCCGCCGCCGCGAGCGUUGGAGAGAGAUGUGAAGGCCGUCACCGGAUUGGCUUCACUCUUCCUUGAAACACCCUAAUGAAAUUUUGGAUUUUUUUCUUAAAUUCUCCCCUUUAAUUUCCAAGUAUAAAAGCGAUUAAAUAUGCAAAUAUAUAUAUAUAUAUAUAAUCUUAUAAUCUUUACUUGACCUUUCUUUUU